AUGGGUCAGGCGGUCGAAGAAAACACGGUGUUGGAGCAUCCAGCACCCUCUAUUCUUAUAGAUGGCCGGAAGGAGAGUGUUCAACAGCACGCAAAAGCUGGCGAAGAUCAUCUCUUAUUUUUGCCGUCGGAGGUGUCAACGGUGGCCACGAGUCCAGCUUUGAAUCAACCCGCUUCGGAAGUCGGUUCUCAACCAGAAAACAAAGCCAAGAGAAAUGUGAACGAAAUUCGCAGGCGCCCAGAGAGGCAGGCGGUACAGGAACGCCCAACUUACGCGACAGGCAGGCCGUGGUCUGCCGACCCAAUUGCACGCGUAGUAAUACCCGACAAAAUCAAUCAUCUUCUCAGAAAUAUAGAAAAUGGAUUGAAGAAGGCCCAUGCUACGUAUCAGAGAUUAUUGAAGGAGAAAGAGCAGAGAAGACGUCUCGCACGCAAAUCCAUAACGACGCGAUCCUCCGGACAAACGACCGAAAGCUCCCCAGAGGCCGCAGACGAAUUGGCCGAGUUCGCGAACCUUCCGCCAUUAGAUAUUAUCACGCAUCUGCGCGAAAAUUUAGACACGCUUGGGACAUCGGAUUCGGUGGACGAUUCGUGGGCGUCAUACACAUAUCUCCUAGACACCAUUUCCUGCCACCCUAUAAUCUACAACAGGAUCAAAUGCAUUCCCUAUUCUCAUUUACACCGCUUUGUUCGUCUACUAUCCCGCAACCGGCCCCGGACGCACCUUCAAUACCUCCGCCUUUUGUCAGUGAUGACAUACAUAAUCCAUGUCGGUGGGACGCUUAAGCAGCCCGAAUGGAACGCGCUCAUCGACCACAUUGGGGCGGGCCGUCGCACGACUGUCGCAGAGGACAUGCAAAAGGCGCUUGCCGCAUUCAAAAGCAUCAGCGCGGGGCGCCUACCUGGUUCUUCCGACUUUGAGAUAUAUGAUGCAAUCCCACCCUCACAGUUCUCGUUUGAGCCGGAUGUGUAUACCAUGACAAUCCUCCUUUCGCUUGCUGCGCGAGCUCAUGAUUCUGGGACGCUCAAGCAAAUCUCGAACGCGAUGGUCCAGACAGGUAUUAUGCCAAACAGAAUUACGCAUCUAUCCCUUUUGCGUUAUUUUACGGAGAAGAGAGAUCUAAGUGGUGUGCGUCGGACGUUGCAGAAGAUGAAACAGAAUGAUUUGGAGCUUGGAGUGGAUGGGUUGAACGCGUGCAUUUGGGCUUAUGGGUACAACACCAAAUUGGAUAUGUCGUUGAUGAUCUAUCGCGCUCUGCGAUACAACACACUGCCCCCAGGAAAGCAGGCUUUGGAGAAUAUCCAGCCUAUUUUGCUUACAUUGCAAGACGAAUACAUAGUUGUGGAACCUGGCAUGGUACCGAAUGAGGUCACUUAUACUGCCCUCAUCCAGAUAAUGGCUUACCAUGGCCAAUUUGUACCGGCAAUCAAGAUCUUCGUCGACUUGCUCUCAACCAACAAUGUUGAAUAUGGUGCACCCCUUGAAUCUCUCCAAUCGGAUGCUGGAAAAUCUCGCCCUUUACCAUACACCCCUACUAUCGCCAUCUAUCGAGCUAUAUUCCUGGGCUUUUCAAAACAUGGCAAACAUCCAAGCUUGGUACGGGAUCCCGAUGAGCUGGAUUGGACACUGAAGAACCUGUUCGAACUCUUCAACCGCUUCCUCACCAUGCCCAAAGACACCCACCUCACACAUUCAGUCGUUUAUAUCAUCAUCACCGCCUUUGUCCAGACUUCAGGGGGCGACAUGGAUAUCGUUCGACAGGCAUGGACCGCCCUCGACGAGAGAUUUGGAAUCGUUUUCCACAAAGAGCACUCUCAGUCUCGGUUGAUGAAAAUAAAGCAACAACUUUUCCCCGACGCACCUCAAAAAUGA